CAUGGGCAAAGGAGAUCCUAAGAAGCCAACAGGAAAAAUGUCAUCAUAUGCAUUCUUUGUGCAAACUUGCCUAGAGGAGCACAAGAAGAAGCACCCAGAUGCUCCAGUCGGCUUCUGGGAAUUUUUUGAGAAGUGCUCAGAGAGGUGCAAGACCAUGUCUGCUAAAGAGAAAGGAAAAUUUGAAGACAUGGCAAAGGCGGACAAGGCCCAUUAUGAAAGAGAAAUGAAAACUUAUAUCCCCCCUAAAGGGGAAACAAAAAAGAAGUUUAAGGAUCCCAUUGCCCCCGAGAGAUUUCCUUCAGCCUUUUUCUUGUUUUGUUCUGAGUAUUGCCCUCAAAUCAAAGGAGAACACUCUGGCCUAUCCAUUGGUAAUGUUGCAAAGAAACUGGGAGAGAUGUGGAAUAACUCUGCCGCAGAUGAUGAGCAGCCUUAUGAAAAGAAGGCUAAGGAUAUUGCUGCAUACUGAGCUAAAGAAAAGCCUGAUGCGGCUACAAAGAGAGUCGUCAAGCCAAAAAAAAGCAAAAAAAAAAGAAGGAAAAGGAGGAGGACCAGGAAGAUGAAGACGAUGAUGGUGAAUAAGUUGGUUCUAGAACAGUUUUUUUCCUUGUCUAUAAAGCAUU